AUGCCGAAUGUUCCUUAUUGCAGGAUAGAUGGACCGGCAGCUACGUACACGCUAAAUAACUCUGGAUCUUUCACAACGGUCCAGGUCCUAACCGUGGAAGAAUCUUCUACCGACCCGGAACCAAUGCCAAAAUCCAAAGGAGCAACAGAAACGGAACGCAAACUGAAAGCCAUGGGCAUCUCCGGCACAGUGCCUUUUGAGGAUCCAGACGACGGUAUACCCACCUCGACCCUACCAGAAGGAAUCGUAGCCCCAGCCAACAUCGGCCCCGCCCCUCCCCCUUACACCUCCCUCCAGACGUCGGGGUACGAAGCCCCUGUACAGACCCUCACCACAACAGGGUACACAGCCGGUGGGGGUGGAAACUUUACCACGCCGACACAACCAGUGCAAGAAAAGAAGCAGAGACCAGACAGCGGGAACAAUAACCUUGCCGGAGCAGUAGGGGGCGUCCUUGAUGGACCAGAGCUUGAUCGGUUUGUCCUGGCACCGGCUCCCCAGGGACAGUCGGUCAGGUGUCGGAUCACACGUGAUAAGAAGGGCGUAGAUCGAAGCGUUUAUCCCACGUACUACUUACACAUGGAGAGAGAGGAUGGAAGAAAGCAAUUUCUGCUAGCGGCUAGAAGGCGAAAGAAGAGUAAGACGUCAAACUAUCUCAUGACGACAGACCCCACAGACCUUUCUAGAGAUGGUGAAAACUUUGUUGGUAAACUAAGGGCGAAUUUCAUGGGCACACAAUUCACAAUCUUCGACGGAGGCCUUGCCCCAGGUAAACCUGGCGCAUUACCAGAUGGUGGUAACAUUCGCAAUGAACUAGCUGUAGUUUACUAUGAUACCAAUGUACUAGGAUUCAAGGGACCACGUAAGAUGACAGUUAUCAUUCCAGGAAUGAGCCUUGAUCAUAUGAGAGUAGAACAUAAACCAAGGAAUGUAAGUAUCUCAUUUAUAAAUCAUAUCUUAGAUAAAGGUACUGAUAGGGUGGGUUGGAGGGUUUUAUGUAAGGGACCACGUAAGAUGACAGUUAUCAUUCCAGGAAUGAGCCUUGAUCAUAUGAGAGUAGAACAUAAACCAAGGAAUGAACGUGAAAGUAUGUUAGAACGAUUCAAGAGGAAAGACAUGGAAAAUCUUCUCGAGCUGCACAACAAAACCCCUGUUUGGAAUGAUGAUACGCAAUCCUAUGUCCUGAAUUUCCAUGGCAGAGUCACGCAAGCCUCCGUCAAAAACUUUCAGAUUGUCCAUGACAAUGAUCUGGACUACAUUAUCAUGCAGUUUGGUCGUGUCGGUGAGGAGGUAUUCACCAUGGAUUACAGCUAUCCUCUCUGUGCAGUCCAGGCUUUUGGUAUCACGCUAAGUAGCUUUGAUCACAAGCUGGCUUGUGAAUGAUCAUACCUCCCCCCUUCUCCCCCGCCUCUCCCCCUUUCUCAUUUUUUCCUACCCUAUAUUCAAGAAUGCGAGUAUCAACCUUCUCUACCACAACGGUCUCGAGAAAGCUGCUGCUUAAACUGACGUGUGAAUUAUCAGAAUUGUCAAAUCGGCUCUACGUUCAGACAUUGAUACAAUGCAAUCACCCUCUGUAUAUUUCUGAUCCCCAAUUUUCUCCAUUUCUAUUUCACUCCAAGAUUACAGCCUUUCAUAUAUGGCCUACUUUCAUAUGAAUUAGAAGACAGAGACGAAUCUGUGCCACACAUUGGGGGUUGGACGUACUUCAUGUACAUUGUGGAAUUGCCCAAAUGUUAAUGUGAAUAUUGCUGUCUGUACGUUACGAUGGCAUCAGCACAUAUGAUGGUUUGUGGGUUUAAAGUAAUUCUGCACUUUAUAGCUUUUGGGUGCCCUAACAAUACUUCUUUUUUUAUAUGGAUGUCUUUUGCAACCCCUUUGUGCCAAUUCAACACAUUCAAGUAGUCACAAAGGCUUUAUUCAUGAAAGACAAUUAGUGAUGCAAAAUUUCAAAGUGUUCAGUAAAUUUGGCAGUCAAUCUGUGCCUGACUCCCUUAGAAUUUAGGUGUAUUUUACAUUGAUUAAGAAAGGUUAAAUUGUCUUAUUACAUGACACAACACAUAGAAAAGUCUUGGAUACUGAUAAACAAUAAAUAAGUGUUAUUCAAUCAAAAGCCGGUAUAAAGGGUGUUACUGGGAGCUUGAAUGUGAUUGGUCAGGCAGAGAUCACAUGAUUAUAAACACUUGGUUGUUAUCACAAGUUAGACAUCAGUGGACAUAAAUUUAUGAAGAUUCAUUAUUUGAAUACAUCCUUCAAAAUAUAUAGAACCAUCUUUUCACUUAAACAAUCCAUUCAUUUCAUGUGCCAUUUUACUUCAAAAGAUAAACAGGUGUAUAGAUAGAAUUUUAUUCCAGACUUGUCUUUAAUUAGUCUUGAGUGACCAAAUGAAUGCUUUAUGGUCUGUUUUUCUUCAAAGCUGUCUAAAUCAUUGUCACCUUAUUCACUUGUUUCAGUACUACAAAUGGAAGAGACAAUUAUUAUUUUUGUCCAAUGGUUACGUUUCUUGUGUCAGAUUGUACAGUAUCUGUAAAAAGAAAAGAAGAAAAGAAAAUAUUAUGCCAGAUAUAUAGUGUUGAUGUACUAUAAGAGAAAUGAACUACUUAACUUGGAAAACGGAUAUAGAUUUAAAGUGUGUGUGUGCGUGUUGAUGUUGUUUGUAUUGUAUCAAGAAAUUUCUAUUUUGAACCUUGUAAAAAAGUGAUUGCAUUACUGAUUUUUAUGGCAACACUGAAUGAGUGAAAAUAAGAGUUAUGUGACUUAUUUUUAGCACAUCUAUCUAGAUUGUUGAUAUGAUCUCUAUUUAGUAGACAAAGAUUUUUUUUCAUCAUUAUUAUUUUGAAAACCAUGUGUCUCCUUUUAAUUCCUUUAAAAGUUCCAUGCACACCUGGGUUUUUUUCUUUGAGUUCUUAAAUCUUGUUGUGUUCAAUGUUCUGAUAGUGGUUUGAACUGAUUAUUGGUGGCCCCCGAAUUACCCAUAGUAUUAAUAACUAGACACUUAGGCCCAUAUUCUGAAGUUAAACUUAAGCUAGAUUUUGAAGUUUAGCCAACGCUAUGGUCUGAUAUCUGUGCUCAAGUUAUUGAAGCUGGAAACAUAAAAAUUUGGUUUACAUGGUAUGUUUCUGAUCUUAUUGUACUCUUUUGUCGUGCUUUAAUAGUGAAGAAAAUGAUUUAUUACUCCCACACAGCUAUGAAUGAUUUGAGUGUCGGGUGAGCUGAGAGAUUUAGCCUGUAUCGUUAGAGAUUUGUAUACCUCCCUCAAAAAGUGUCUUUGUAUUAUUACACAUACUUAAGGCAGACAGAAAUGAAAUCUAAUCCCCCCCCCCCAAUCGCAUAGACCUAGUGUUGUCCAUAUAAAUAGCAUAUCCAAUGAAUAAAUCAUCUAAACUUACCACUGAAAGCAUUCCUUUGAAAAUGAGAAAAAUAUGGUGUUUGAUAUGAACCGAUUGGUUGUUGGGAGGCUUGUUGGAUUUAGCUUUAAACAACAGUUUGUUGAAUAUAAUAGACAGAUAUCCAUGACCAGUUCUGUAAGCACUAUUAAAUAACGUUCUCAUACUUGUGUCUAUUCUAACCGUCCAUUCUUAAUCUUAGCCAUGGCUGUGAUUAGCACGGCACCAAAAUUCACAAAUACCUUGAAAAUGUUGUGCUCUUGAGAAAUUUUAAGUUGACAAAUGUAAUUAUUGUAGCUACCCUUUUUGAAGAUGUUGAUUUAUAUAUGUAUUAUGUAUCUUGUGUGUUAUACCCUUGAUUAUUUAUGAUUUAUAUAUAUCAGCUGAGUGUACUAAUUGUAUGUUAACCAAGUAGGAUCGGUUUCACAACAGUCACAUUCAUGUAUAUCCAAUAGAACUGUGUGUUGAUUGUAUAACAGUUUCAGUUGGAUGUUAAAGAAUUUAGACUGAGAAGGGUUUUGUGAAACGGGUCCUGGGUCCCCUAAUGCAAAUUUGAGAGAUCGAUCAUACACAUGGUUUUCACAGUUGGUUAUACAUAGCUGUCAGUUCAACCAAUCACGAAACAUUGCUCAGUGAUCAUUGCUAAGCUUUGCCUUUAAAAUAUAUCUUAAAGAAACUUUAGAUAUUUGAAGAACAUGUAUGUUUGUUAAACAUUUUUUCUUCUGACACAUGUACUGUAUGGAUUCAAAGAUUUCAGAUGGUAAACAUCAUUAGCUCAAAGGCUUUAAUCCAGGUGGGUGUUUCAUAAAUCUGUUCAUAAAUUACGAGCGACUUAAGGAAUGACUGGUGAUCCUUUCUUGUGGUAAGUGAUACACACCAGAUUUCCAUUGCUGUUGAUUUAGUUUGUAAGAAAGGGUCACUAGUCGUUUGUAAAGACAAUCGUAACUUACGGACAGCUUUAUGAAAUCCCCACCUUGCCCCAUAUUUAUCGGAUUCUGUUUAACCAUUUAUUCAUACAUACAUAAUUCAUAUUUUACCCAAAUUUAAUGUACAGUACCUGUAAGAAUACCUUGAAUGAAUACCAAUGCAGGAAUAUUCAAAAUGUUUGAUUCAAUUUAAUAAAAAGUUCUAACCAGACAGUAUUCACUUUACAUCAGCCAAACCAGAUUACAAUUAAAUAGAAGCAUUGUUUUUAACAUGAACGUGAUAUCAUUAGUGAUUCCUGUCUAUCGAUAAUGUAAUCUUUUUCUAUCAGUUAGGUGUUCUAACUGAUUUUCUUUAUUUCAUUUAUUAUUUAUAUCAUUGACUGUAAUCACUGAUUUGUUAUAUGUCUGCUUUCUUUUCGAAUCUAAUACCUUGAUUUUGUAAAAAGAUAUGAAAUCUUUAUGAAAACAAAAUGUCUGCACCUUGAUUUGAUGAACUUUGUGUUGUCAAUGCUCAAAAUGUUCACAGGAGUACUUGUAUGUAUUGAUGAUUUGAAAUGUUGUGUAUGAAUUAGAAAUGUGAAUUUUUACCUAGUGAUUCCACUGUUUGUGGUAAAAGUGGGGAAUUUGUGGGAAUGUUUUAAGUCACUGUUCAUGGCAAGAAAUUAAAAUUUGAAUAUGUGGCUAACACCGUCUGACAAAAAGUGUUAAGAGGAAGGCAGACGGUGUUGUUAACCAGUGUAGUGAGUGGUUUCAAGUUUGGUGUUUAUUUUAUGGUGUUGGUGUUAAGUCAGUUUUAUAUCAGCACAGCACCAAACUUGAAAUUAAUCAGGGUCGCUUCUUCCAAAGAGUUAUCGAUCCGAUCAACCUCAACUGUAUGAAAAUCAAUCAAUGUCAUAAUUUUUCCUACAGGAAUUUUCCACAAUGUCAUUUGUAUACAAAGAGAAGCACACUGAAUUGACAAUGAUUUGGUGGUUGUUGGGAUUUUUUUACCUGAUUGCUAAGACAUCAUGUCUGAAUGCUUUUUAGCAAGCAACCAGAGGACUGAUAGCUUAAUGUCCUCUCCGAGGGACCUGGUAAUGAGGAUUAUGCCUUGCCAAAAAGCACUGGCGCACCAAGUGGGAAUCGGACCUGGGUCACCGGAAUCCAAAUCUUCAGCUCUACCGACUGCUAUCGCGCCUCUUGAAUACAUGAUGAAUGUACAAAUAUUCAUCAUAAUUAUAAAACAUUUUGAAAUAACAUGCAUUUUAGAUGUUGACAUUGCUGGCUUUCCAUAGUUGGAUCAAUUGCAACUCUUUGUUAGACGGGGCCCCAAGUCUUGGGACAAGUUUUACGUAGUGUUGAUCUAUCAAUGACAUCCGGAUCAAGUUUGUAAACUCAGAUUAGGUUUUGGCGCUUGGGAAGGCAAUGUAGAUUUUGCUACCAACUCCAAUCUCAAAUUCAGUCACUGUGCGACAGCAUCGUUAUAUAUGUACAUGUAAUUAACAUGCAAUUAUGUAUAUGUACAUUUCACUUCAAGUACGUAGACCUCAAUUCAUGUCUGUGUAUAAUGUAAUGGAGUAUUUUAGGUUUGAUUUGAAGCGCUAGAAAAUUUUGGGGCUAAAUCAUUGCCAAGGCUUUUUAAGUGGAGUAUAUUAUGUGUGGUAUUUUUAAAGAUCAUACCUAUCCAAUAUUACUGUUUGCAAUGAUUCCUUACUUGUAUUUGAAAACCAUGACUGUAUGAUGUUGGAAUUAUAAAUUUGAUAUACACAUGUAGAUACUCAUUUUUUUUUAUUUGGAGAUACCAUACAUAUGAUGUUAAUGACAGUGCCUCAGUCGAUGUGUAAUAAAGAGUAUGGAAAGCUAAAAGUUGGAUCUGAAACUGCAUGUAAACAUGUAAAGCUCUGCAACCCAUUCUGAAUUAUGGGGUGCUAAAUAUUGUAUUCCUCUGUGCAUUAUUUGUAACUUAUGUCAUCUUGAUGAAAUCAAUCGGAUCAUUUAAUUGAAAUGGAAUUUUAUGCUUAAUCAGUUUUCUUACAAUAAUUUACUAUGAAAAUUGGUUUUGCAAGGGAACUGUAUUCAUGAUAUUCAGCUAUUGUUAUUUUCAUGAUUUGCACUAAGAAUUGUUUUCAUUUAAAGGAAAAUAUAUUUAUAUAGUCUAAGUUGUAAAUACUUGCGAGUUAAAUUCUGUGCUUAAUAUGUUAUAAGUAUAAAAUGGGGGAUUAUACACAUCUGAUAUUUUUGUGCACUUUUCUCAGAUAUCUAAACUUUUUUCCUUAUGAAAUAAGAAAAGUAAAACCCUAUACGAGUUAUGUGGUAUUAUGCGUAAUUUAGUUUACUCUUUAAAAAAUAAAUUUGGGUAAAGAAAAUUGAUAUUUUUUCGAGUUUCUAUCCAACAGCUACAUAUUUACAGAUAGGAAAUGGACUCCUAUGAACCAAUAUGUAUUCCAAAUAUUCAAGCUAUGUGUUUUAAUUUAAACCUGUUUAUAUUGCUUGUUCUUAUUGAAAAGUUAGCCUUUGAGAACAUUUCAUUAUUCAAUGUGCACAGGUUAUCUCGGCUGUUGAGAAUUGGAUGUCUGUAUUAGACACUAAUAUUAGAAUGCAUGUGUUGUUGUGUAUCACAACCUUUUUUAUACACAUGUAUAUAUAUCCAGGGUGGAGUAGACAAAGCUUAUCAGUUGAUCAUAUGCUUGAUUUUUACAAUUGAUUAUACAUCGUAGUCAAUGCAAUAAAUCAUAGGCAAUUGUUUUACUAUCAGUGCUAAGCUUUGUGUUAAUGGUCCAAGAAUAUACGGCAAUGUCGGAAUACUAGAAGGCUCUUGCAAAUUGCACCCAUCAUGAUCCAAUUACUCCAUAAAUGAAAGCUGCCACUGCAAAAUGUUGAUUACUCCCAGCAAUAUUCUUCAUGAAAAUUACUGCCAGACAAGCACCCCACAAGAACCUCGGUGAUAAUCAUGAUUUCACCAAGAUAAUUACACAUGGAUGCCACUUUUCAGACUAAAUCAUGAAUUCACACUUUUAAAACGUAUUUUCAGCGAUAGAAAAACGUUUUUGUGUUUAAAAAAUGGCUGAUUCUAGAUGACUUUCAGAAAAUUGUCAAAGUUGCAUCCCUGAUCCCUGAUAAAACUGCAAGAAUUACUCAAAGGUAUUUGCUUUUCAGCAGUUGCCGACAAGAGUCGUAGCAUUUGAAGUCCUCUUUGACAGUUGCUCAAAGAUUGAUGAACUCCGCUGCACUAAUGGCACCUUCACAUGUUUUCAUAGAUGGUGCAAUUUCAAUCAAGUACUAGUUAUACUUGCUUAUAAUUAUAGUGCUUAAUACCUCUCUUAGCGCUUUACAAAAAUGCAGCAUAUUUACCCUGGCUUUACGUGCAUGCAUGUGUAAACUGCAAAACAUUUCACAUUACCAGCCAUUUCUAGGAGGAUAUGGUUUGGAUUAUUACUGCAACACAUUUUUUUCAGCAAAAAUGCUUUUAUUCAGACUAUGAAAAUGAGGUUGCAGUGGGCCUAAUAUUAGUACCAUAUGCAUUUUCCUUAUGUACUUUGCUAUUAUCUGUCUGCGUCACUCUAUGAACUAUUUUGCACUGUAUUGUAUUGAUUUUGUGUGUAAACCAUUCAUUCGGAUCCACUAUAAAUGUAAACUUAUGAUUGAAUAUAUAAAAA